AUGGCAGCACAAAAGGCCAAGAAACAGGCAGAAAAAACUGAUCAGGCCGGCUUUUUCGCGACCCGGGCGUCGACGCCAAAAUCAAUGGGCCUAGCCGAACAGGACCAAGAUGGCAACGGAGGUAAUGACACGCAGCCACUAUCAACCUCCCCAAGGGCGCAAAACCUGCCAGUGACCCAGGACUACUUACAGAAGUGCCUAGACAAUAUGUCCAGCAAGAUCCUGGAAACCCUGCAAG